GAGGAAAAGAGUGAAAUCUUUCGAACACACUCGAAAGGCCACCCUUCGAGGAACAAUUUACCAUCCCGUGAAAGCGCUAAAUAAGACAAACUCUGCCCCAUUCAUAGGCGAACUUUAAAGGGUACAAACAUCCUACUUGCUACAUACACACACAUACCUACCCCCGCAAUUGUGGCAACACCUCGGGGGCAAUAAAAUGGAUGGAAGUAGCAAAGGCAACACGAAAAAUGAGGACAGCAACGAUAAUGAGAAAAAUAACAAGGAGGAGAAUAAAAUAAACAUGGGGGGGUUUCAAUUCUUUGCUAAUACCUGCGAAGAAAAGCUAAAACUUUUUUUGGAAAAUUAUUUCAGCGCGAAAAGCAGCGCGGAUUUAACCUUCAAAGCGGAAAAUCCAGUGGGGGGAAUGCCCACAGGGGGGAGUGCUGAAACCAGUGGGGAAGCAGAUGGAAAGGAGGGACAUGCAAACUGCAGUGGUAAUGACCACGUGGCGAAUGACUCCUCCAACGAGAACGAAGACGAGCAGGAAAAUUACUUCGAAAAGAACCCCCCCAUUAAAAGCAAUUACGACAAGAUGGCCAUCCACCUGGUGGACGAAGUGCAGCAGUUCAUAAAGCCCUACGUCAAUGAGCGGCACAAAAUUGUCGUCCAAGGGAUUAUCGGGGAGAACAAGAAGCAAGGGAUUCACGUUGCCUCCAAGUCCCUCUGGAACGUCGAAACGGAUAACUACAUUUCGGCGAAGUACGUCAACGAUUUCAUUUUCGUCACCGUGAUAGUCUUCCUUUUGUACAACGAGUGAC